UCCGCGCUCGCCCGCGCUCGCCCGCGCUCGCCCGCGCUUCGGAGCCGGAGCCGAGGGUGCCGACCGCCCUCGGGGACCGUGAAGGAGCCGCCCCCAUCCCCACCCCCCGCACCAUGGCGGGGCCGUCGCGGCUCCUGAUCCGCGGGGGACGCGUGGUCAACGACGACCUCUCGCAGGUGGCCGACGUGCUGGUGGAGGACGGCGUGGUGCGGGCGCUCGGGCGCGACCUGCUGCCGCCCGGGGGCGCGUCCGCCGGCCUGCGGGUCCUCGAUGCCGCCGGCAAGCUCGUGCUGCCCGGCGGCAUCGACACGCACACGCACAUGCAGUUCCCCUUCAUGGGCGCGCGGUCCGUGGACGACUUCCACCAGGGCACCAAGGCUGCCCUGGCAGGAGGCACCACCAUGAUCAUUGAUUUUGCCAUUCCUCAGAAAGGCGCUUCCCUCCUCCAGGCCUUCGAGACCUGGCGAAGCUGGGCUGACCCCAAAGUCUGCUGCGACUACAGCCUUCAUGUGGCGGUGACAUGGUGGAGUGACCAGGUUAAAGAAGAAAUGAAAAUCCUUACCCAAGACAAAGGUGUGAACUCUUUCAAGAUGUUUAUGGCCUAUAAAGACCUGUACAUGGUGAGGGAUGAGGAGCUGUAUGCGGCCUUCUCUCAGUGCAAGGAAAUUGGAGCAAUUGCUCAGGUCCACGCGGAAAACGGAGACCUGAUUGCAGAGGGAGCAAAGAAGAUGCUGGGGUUGGGGAUAACAGGGCCCGAGGGCCAUGAGCUGUGCCGCCCCGAAGAGGUGGAGGCAGAAGCCACGCUGAGAGCCAUCACCAUCGCCAGCGCCGUGAACUGCCCUCUCUACAUCGUGCACGUGAUGAGCAAGUCUGCAGCCAAGGUCAUAGCGGAUGCAAGGAGAGAUGGGAAAGUGGUCUAUGGAGAACCCAUCGCAGCAAGUCUCGGCACAGAUGGAACUCACUACUGGCAUAAAGAGUGGCGCCAUGCAGCCCACCAUGUUAUGGGGCCACCCCUGCGACCGGACCCUUCAACACCUCACUUCCUCAUGAAUCUAUUGGCUAAUGGUGAUCUAACCACAACAGGAACUGACCACUGCACUUUCAACACUUGCCAGAAAGCUCUGGGGAAGGACGAUUUCACUAAGAUUCCCAAUGGGGUGAACGGUGUUGAGGACCGGAUGUCAGUAAUAUGGGAAAAAGGCGUGCAUGGUGGUAAGAUGGACGAAAACCGGUUUGUGGCAGUUACCAGCACAAAUGCAGCUAAGGUCUUUAAUCUCUAUCCAAGAAAAGGAAGAAUAGCUGUGGGAUCAGAUGCAGACAUUGUGAUUUGGGACCCAAAAGCCACCAGGACUAUUUCGGCAAGAACACAUCAUCAGGCUGUUAACUUCAACAUCUUCGAGGGCAUGGUUUGCCAUGGGGUGCCCCUCGUGACUAUUUCCAGAGGCAAAGUGGUGUUUGAAGCUGGAGUUUUCAGUGUCUCAGCAGGAGAUGGGAAGUUUAUUCCUCGCAAACCAUUUGCUGAGUAUGUUUACAAACGGAUCAAACAGCGGGACCAGCUGUGUGGCCAAGAGCAAGAUCUCUCAUCCUUGGACUCAGUUGCCUCAUCUAGAGAAUGACAACAUUUCCUCCUUAACAAAUUGUAAGACUCAAAUGAGAAUUUUAAAUAUAAUGCCCAUAGUAGGAAUCAAAUGUUAGUUUUGUCUCUUUGCUUUCCUCUUUUGAUGACUAAAUCCAUAACAAAGUUCCCCCAAGA